GGCAUACACGUCGGAGUAUCACACAUACACAUUAGCGUUGUAGGUAUUGUAGUCUGCUGUGUCGGGGUCAUUAUCACGUGACUUGGUCCUACAGCUUCAGAGCGCACUCAACCUCAGCAACGUCAUUCGUUGAGGAUCCCGAAGAUGGCGGACCGAAAGAUACUCUGCUUUAGCAUCCUUUUUGGCGUUUUAUUUUGUGUUGCAUCUUUGGGGAAAUGCAACGAACAAGUACCCUUGAUGAUGUGGUCAAGUGCCGGUUCCCCGCUGCUGUCUCAGACGCCACCGGCAGCGGGACAUAUCGUGUCCAGCUCUCAGUUGGAGUCCUACCUGAAAACUGCACUGAGCAAUACACCGCAUAACGUGCUACUCUUCCUCCAGGACAAGUUGAGUGUGGAUGACUUCACCAUGUAUGGAGGAGUGUUUGGGAACAAACAGGACAGCGCCUUCUCAAAUCUUGAGGCAGCGCUGCGCUCCUCCAACCCCCUUCUGCUGCCGUCUGUGUCUCGCCCUGCCGCCAGCGCCGUCACCGCGCUCCUUCAGGAGCAGCUGGACACGUCCCCCCUCUACAUGGACCCUGAGACCCUUGCACAGCUCCGUCUCAACGCCUCUGUCGCCGCCCUGCUGGUAUUCCGCCUUCCCUACGCCACAAGUGCUGAUAUGAUGUCCGCUAAAGAAGUCCUCAUUGGAAAUGAUGAGGUGAUUGGCCAGGUCUUGAGCAUCAUGAACAGCCAAGCCGUCCCCUACACCGCAGUUUACACAGCACUGCAGCCGUCUCGAAUGAUCGAGGAGGUCCCUCUGGCCCUACAGUCAGUCGGGGGGCGCUCCCUUCUGCAGUCCCGAAAAUCCAAGGGCAAGGCUAAGGGAGAGGAAGAGGGCCCCUACCCCCCCGUGGAGUUCCAGGAGAAGGGCUCUCCCUGCAUCCUGAUGUGGGCUGAGAACCUGACGGUCAGCUUCCAGCGCGAGGGCAAGUAUCAGAGGCACGACCUGUCCCCGCUGACCUUCGGAGAGUCCGCGCCCGUCAAACUUACCGGCUCCUCCUGCACAGAGAGCGCCUCAAGACUGGUUCUGAACUAUGAAAAUGUCCUGGGAUUCCGUUCUUUCAAAGUCAUCUUCGCCAUGAGCCAGCGCCUCUACAAGGUCUCCGCCCGCCGCUGGUUCACCCUGGACGAGGUCAUCCUGGAGUACGAGGGCAAGAAGGCCACCUUCAACGCCAGCCGCUCCGUCUACGCCCCGGCCGAGUACUCGUACCGCUGCGAGUCCGUCAGGAGCGACCGCUACCCCCAGCUCACGCCCAAGUCAUCCAAGGACGCUGCCAACUUGUGGAAGGUUGCUUUCGAGGACUUCCAGAUCCAGGGCUUCAACGUGUCGGGGAGGAGGUUCUCGUACGCCAGCGACUGCGCCGGCUUCUUCACGGCGGGCAUCUGGAUGGGGCUGCUGACCUCGCUGCUCAUGGUGCUCAUCCUCACCUACGGCCUGCACAUGAUCAUGCAGCUGCGCACCAUGGACCGCUUCGACGACCCCAAGGGCCCCGCCAUCUCCGUGCCCCAGACCGAUUAGAACCAACCAACCAAACCAACCCGCCCGCCUGCCAGCCAACCACCCAGCCUAGCGGGCAGUGGUGGCUCGUCUUAAACCCACC